AUGGCCACCCCACUAGAGAAGCAACCUCUUGUCAAGGGCGGGCAUGCCCGGUUGCCAGACAGGCUCCCCUCUACGUUUGUUUCAUCAACGAUACCUUGUGUAUUUGACAAUACCGUUAUCCUUGCGGCAACUCAUCCUACAGUCUCGACCGCAGGUCCAUCAGACGAUGGUUGGUUCAUUUCAGACUUCUAUGCGUUUAACUAUCUGUUGAAAGGCUUGGGCAUGCAUCAGACAUGGAUCACCGCAGCUGAUCCAAGAAAAUUAGUGGAGAAGUAUGGCCCAUACCUUCAUGGCAACCCUUAUGAGGAUCGAAAAGUCUGCCUUGAUCAAGACCUGUUAGAUCAACGGCAAAUCACCCCAGUUACCCUAGUUAGCUCGGGUGAAAUGAUAGAUCGGGUUCUUUCAGAGGCGAAAUGGGCAUCGGAACUAGCGAAACGGCAUGAGGCGCCACUUCUCCUACUCUUCUUUUGCCAUGGGCUACCAAAUCAUCACUUAUUGUUGAAUGACGGAAACAGUCACAAGGGUCUCAGCGUGGUCAACCUCAAGGGUGUGCUUGAGCCAGGUGUGCGUGUGACUCUCCUGUCCACCGCUUGUUAUUCCGGGGGAUGGAUCACCACCCCUGACCUCAACCACACCGCUAUGGCGGCUGCUAGUGGGGAAGAUGAUCUGGCCACCGGAACUUCGAAUGCCUGGAGUGUAUCCCAGAGCAUUGGGCGAAGCUGUGGUUCCGUGUUUGUAAGCACCCUGUUGGAGACUUUAUCCAGUGUGACGAGUCCCCUACUUGAAGAACCUGGUCUGGACACAAGCCUAUCAAGCCCACAGCAAAGUCUCCAACCAGAUGACCCUAACAGCUUACAAAAUUUGAGCUAUAACUCAUUUUGCAAUGCCAUUUGGAGUACAUGCGAAGAUCGCAUCACACGGCUCUGGAACUUCCAACACUUCAAAUUUUGUGCCCAGGAUGAUGCUUGGGAAUAUUCAUGGACAGGGAGAACAGGAAUCCCAUUGUCCCACUUUAGGCACCGGUGGGAUCAACUUAUCUCCUACCCAUAUCAAGGGCCCAGUGAUAUCAGGGACCUUAGAAAUCCACACCCGAAGAACACCACAUUUUUGGAGCAAGAUCCAAACAAAACUGCAUCGGCAAACCAGGUUAUUGAGGAGAUGACCGAUCAUAUAGCUCACAGAAGACUAAAAGGAAUGGCCCAAACCUUUCACCAGACCUGCCCCGGUGACUGGGAUCGUGGUAAGGAGGUGGGCUUCGGAGGCACGCUCCGUGCAUUCUAUGAGCGUGACCAGUAUAAGGAAAGAGCGCCGAUGUUUGAAGCGGCAAUACGAUUUAGGUGGGAAGCAGCCCUACUUGCGGACUAUAUUCUCGAGUUGUUUGGCCUUCCUGCUCCUGGCAAGGAGAUCUGCAUCAUGUGGAACCGUCUUCUAUGGAUUCAACGUCAACUGGAGACUAUUCCGAUGCCCGACCUCGAGCUACGUUGGAAGAAAAUGUAUAACUCCCUCUCUGGCUAUUUCCAAACUCCUUGCUUAAGAGAGCAGGGCCCGCCUUUUUACCGACCACUACAUUAUUUGGUCGCCGCCCUUUUGGAAGCUGAUAAACCAGAACGUGAGACAAGUGCUAUAAUUUCCGCCAUCGGGGACUUUAUGAGUACAGUUAGGAUGUUUCAACAGCAACGUCUAUCUGAGGACAAAGAUGUUCGUGGUAGAGGCCGCGAGUGGCUAAAAUCCAUCGGUCGACGGGCUCGCAAGUCCCUCUCGCCACGUAAAAAAAUACGCCACUCAACAUCCGUUUCUUGA